AGGGAGUGUAUAAAGUUCUGAGAUAGCCACAGGGAGGGAGACAUUUCUAAUCGGACUCCAGGGACUGUGGAAAUAUGAAAAAGAAUAUGGGGUCAGAAAGUAACAAGGUCUGCAUUGACUGUCUGAAAACAGAGCAGUCUAUUGAGAACAGUGGAAUGAGCAAGAAAAGCUGGAGGGCAAGACUGCGUUACAUCUUAAAGAACCGUUCGUUUAGUUCACGAUCCACAGCCAGAAAAAAACAGUCUUUCAGACCAACAGUUGAUGAAGUGAACCAGUGGGCGCAGUCAUUUGACAAACUACUGACGCAUAAAUAUGGCAAUGUAGCCUUCCAGAUAUUCUUGAAAUCAGAAUAUUGUGAGGAAAACUUGGAGUUUUGGAUGGCCUGCGAAGAAUUCCGAAAAGUGACAUCUCCGGCUAAACUCGCGUUGAGGGCCCAGAGCAUCUAUGAGGAGUUUAUCAAAACUGAAGCUCCAAAAGAGAUCAACCUGGAUUUCCACACCAAGGAGGAGAUCACCCAUGCUCUCCCCCUGCCCACCCUGACCUGCUUCCUGGCAGCCCAGAAGAGAGUUUAUAGCCUGAUGGAAAACAACUCCUAUCCCCGUUUUAUCAACUCGGAGCUCUAUAAGGAGCUGUGUGCUGCAGCGAGAAGGAGGAGGCCGGCAGACAGUUGUUUUAGUUAGGGUGAAUGUUCACACAGAGCACUAAGUGCUACUUGGACCAGCCAAAGACAUGCAGUAUUAGAAGUGGCACAUCAAACUGUGUGCAUAGUAAACAAGCACUUUCUUUAACCAGUCAGAGAGGUUUACUUGGGAUGUUUUGGUUUUUACUUUGAGAUAUUAUGCUUAUAACACUGGUGUAGCCGGAGAAGUGACUACUGAAUACAGUACAGUACAUAUAAUGUAUGUAUAUAAUAUAAAAUGUGUAUUUGUUGUGUAUGUUGUAAAUGCAGCUGGACUGCAGAUUUCUACCUUUUACAUGAACUCUGCUUGUAAUUUAUUUUUGUCAGAUUUUGUUAAAUGAAAUAAAACAAUAGUGUGAAAUUCUCUAGCACUUUCA